UUGGGUGCCUCUCGGGUGUGGGAGUCAUCCUUUGUUGGUUGGUCUGUUGGCGAGCAAGGAAGGAAAGACGCAAGAAUGAAGAUCACUCUGUCAAGCCUUAUGAUGGUCCUACUUUGGGCAGUCUGUGCUCAGGCCGAUGUUGUUGUGCAACCUGAUUUUGACCUCCAGAAGUUUGCAGGAACGUGGCAGGUUCUGGGCGGGUCAUCAAACUGCCCUGUAUUCCAGUCCAUGAAGGAUAUAAUGAAAACAUCAGCUGCCAUUGUUACACCCCUCCCAGAUGGAGACAUGAAGAUCUUGACUGGCUACCCUAUGCCUGAAGAAUGCAAGAAGGUAGAGAGAGUUUUUAAGAAGACGGAACAGCCUGGACACUUCACCCAUGCUGAUGAUGUAGCUAAGAGAGACGUGCGUGUGAUGGAAACGGACUACACCAGCUUUGCUUUCCUGUACACCUUUAAAGAGGCUGAAGGAGAGCCCAGCACCACCACCUUGCAGUUUUACAGCAGAGGUUCUGAUGCAAGCCCUGAAGUGGUGGAGAAAUUCAAGCAGCAUUGUCAUGACGUGGGGCUCACCGAUGAUCUGAUGGUGAUGUUACCCAAAUCUGAUGAAUGCCUCAAAGCUCUCAGUGCCUGAAGAGGAUCUGACCUGCCAGCAACCAACGCCCGCUCUCUCCCCACCUCCCCUGCUGAAGUACCAGCAGCCCAGGAGUCACUGCGGCUUCUCUUCACAUCUCAGUAUCUCUUCUCCCCUCACAUCCACGUCUCUUGCUGAUGUGGGCUCUGUCUUACCCACAUGAGGGAAUUUCUUUCUGCUGAAUAAACAGUUUCAAACGGU